CCACCCCCGCGCGUGCAGGGUUCUUCCCAUUGGUUCGCUGCCUGCCUCGGGAGCCCCCUGUGGCCUCCAACCAGGCAGCCUACUUGGCGCCCUGCCGCCAGUGCCCCCAAGCUGACCCUGCUCCCCAUUGGCUGCUUUGGGGGCCGCCGCCAUCUAAUGAGGAGGGGGGCGCAGAGUACCAGAGCACGCGCUCCCUGCGGCGGGAUCUAGCCCUGCAGCCUCGGGACCGGGCAGGGGCCGAAGCUGUGCAAAGGCCGAGAGACCGGCUUCUCUACGGAGGACACCCGUUCUCCCUCCGGACCUGGUCUGGGUCGCAGCUCGGGCUUCCCGUCGCGGAGCUGUGCAUCUCCAAGUCUGGAACCCAAGCCGCGAGGCUCCAGUAAGUACGAAGCACCCACGCAGCGUGCGAACCGGCUCAGGGCGCACGGAGAGAGUGUCCCUGCUCCUGUGUAUCCAGUGUGCGUCUCCGUUUACUUAUCCCCUUAAUCGUUUAUCCACCCAUCGUUUAUCGGUUCGUUUAUUUGGCAUUCUGGGUGCACUUGCUGCGCCGCUUGUCCACAUCCUUCUCUCCGACGGAUGUUGGGAAAUCCUGUGCCCUGAAGAAUUCGGACUGAGAUCCGAACGGAAGAGUGGUGUAGACGAGGGUGCAACCCCGGAGCGACCAUGUUCUACUAUCCCAGCGUGCUUCAGCGCCACACCGGCUGCUUCGCCACCAUCUGGCUGGCGGCAACGCGCGGCACCCGGUUGGUGAAGCGUGAAUACCUGAAGGUGAACGUGGUGAAGACCUGCGAGGAAAUCCUCAAUUACGUGCUGGUACGAGUCCAGCCCCCGCUGCCAGGCCUGCCGCGGCCCCGCUUCUCCCUUUAUCUCUCAGCCCAGCUCCAGAUCGGCGUCAUUCGGGUCUACUCUCAACAAUGCCAGUACCUUGUAGAGGACAUCCAGCACAUCCUGGAGCGCCUGCACCGGGCCCAGCUGCGGAUCCGCAUUGAUAUGGUGGAGACUGAACUACCCAGCCUGCUGCUGCCUAAUCACCUGGUCAGGAUGGAGGCUCUGGAAGAUGCUCCAGACCCCUUUUUUGGGAUGAUGUCUGUGGAGCCCAUACUGCCCAGUCCCUUCAAAAUCCCUCAGAUUCAACACCUCCUAGAGGCUGUGACCCCAGAGAGAGUUCUUGAAGAGAUCCCGCCUGAAGUUCCUAUAGAGCCAGAAAGGAUUCUGGUCACUGCACCGUCCCCCGAGGCCAUCACGCUCCUGGAGGUGGAGCCCAUACGUAUGCUAAAGAUUGAGGGUGAGCGGGACCUCCCAGAGAUCAGCCGCCGAGACUUGGACCUGCUGAUCGCAGAGGAGGAGGAAGCCAUCUUGUUAGAGGAACGUCGGCUAGAGUACGAAGAGGAGCUCCGGGCCCCAGAAAGGGAGGUCACAAUCCCCCCGCCCUCACCUCUAGCUCUUCCAGAGGUGGAGGAGGCUGCAGAGCCACUUCCGCCGAAGCCACCAGCCUGGGAGCCUGAGGCCCUACUUCCUGAGGUAACCCCCCCGCUGGAGCUGCGUCUGCCAGCCCCACCCAGCCCAGAGCGGAGGAGGCCCCCAGUCUCCCCACCUCCCAGGGUCCCACCUGCCCGCCGCCGCCGCUUAUUAUUCUGGGACCGGGAGACCCAGAUACCCCGGAAGGAAUUCCUGGAACAAAUGCAAACCAGAGCCCACUGCCGGGAGUGUCCAAUGGUGCAGCCUCCUGAGAGGAUGAUCACGAGCCCUGCAGAGCUGUUCCGAACCCCGACUCACUCUGGCCGGCUACCCCAAGAACUGCUGGCUUUCUGGACCCACUGUGCCCAGCCACUCCCACUAGCACUCAGGAGAAGGCCGCCCCUGGCGCCUGAGGAAGAGGAAGCUGAGAGGGAGGCGGCAGCUGAGGAGGAAAGGAGAAAGGCUGAAACUCCAAGCGAUAUCGAGGUCCUGAGGGAGGCCCUGGAGCCCAGUGUGCCCCUCAUGCUGCCUUCAGAGAUCUCCCUAGAAGCGGCUGAGGAGGAGAAGACCCGCAUCAGCCUCGUGCCCCCGGAAGAACGGUGGGUCUGGGCUGAGGAGCCAGAAGCCCCUGCAUUGCCCGUGGUGCCUGAGCUCCCUGAGGUGCCUGUGGAGAUGCCUGUGGAGCUGCCCCCAGAGCCUGAGCCGCUCUCACUGGAGGCUGUGCACAGGUACCAGGAAGGGCAUGCCUCCGUGGGUGGCCUGGGCUGCAGCCUCAGCUCACAGUUCUUGACCCCCACAGGGCAGUGGCACGGGAGCUGCAGGCCAAGAGGGAACCUGACUUCAGCAGCCUGGUGCCACCUCUCAGUCCCCGUAAGGUGGCCGCCCGGGUCUUCUACCUGCUCCUGGGUGAGCGAGGAAUGUGUGUGCCUGUGUGGGGGGUGGGGAGUGGACACACAGGCCAGCGGCUGCUGUAGGGACCCUCUCCUCUGACCAGCCCUCUCCUCCCCUCUUGACCAGUGCUUGCUGCACAGCAGAUCCUUUGUGUGAAACAAGAGGAGCCAUAUGGGCGCCUCCUGAUCCAGCCAGGGCCCCGAUUCCACUGCGGUUAGAGCCAAUUUACAAAGCUGCCAGGGAACCAGCUAUGGUAAACGGUGUCCUGCCUCACUUCUGAACACGGGUCUCUAUCCUUCCUGCUCCCAGCGCUACUGUUCAAGAAGAAAAUAAACUGCCUUUAUUACA